CCUACUUAAAGAUUGCAAUCGUGUUCAAAUCCAGACAACUGCUGCCGCGCCUCAGUCUGACGCUCUUUGCUCGUUGCUCUCAUAUUAUAACCAAGUUACAUUUCUAGCCAGCGAACCGAUACGAUUCCUGUGUUCUCGGAUACCCGAAACACACCUACCCCAAUACUCGUUGCAAAUGAACUCUCUAAACCUUGCUGCUCUACCAGGCGAUCUUUUACUGGAGGUGACAUCGUGCCUGUCCUCUAGAACGGACAUUCUCAACCUGGCACUCUCAAGCAAGCAUCUGUUCACUAGCACAUGCCCUGUAUUGUAUUGCCAUGUGCACCUCGGGACCGCAGAACAGUGCCAGCGAACUCUGUCAAUGCUCCGUUCUCGUCCGAACAUUGCGCGUCAUAUCCAGAAACUCCACAUUCGGUUUUCUUCUACCUCCUCUGGCUAUAUGAACGACUUCAAUGGAACAGUGAUCUCGGCGCUUUUAAGGGAACUUGCGCCAAAACUUGACGCACUCCAUACUUUCAUCUGGGACGCGGAUGAGAUCCCGCAAUGUGAUGAUAUGUGGUUCGCUCUACGAAUGUCGUGCCCACGGCUGCGCACGCUUGGCACAUGUUAUGGAUCUGUGAUACCCAAUCAACGGAGUCAUUUGCUGGAAUUCAAGAACCUCCGUGGCUUCUCGUUGACCCUGAAAUAUGGAUAUUAUACUCAUCAUGCAGAUGACUUUCAAGAUGCUCUUCCUUUUGAUGGUCGCCUUUGGGAUAUGCUGAUCCGACGUUCCCCGAACCUCGAGGAGCUGCAUGUCUUAGGAGGACCGUUGAUUCUGGACGGAACAGUGCAUCCGCUCUGCAACGCACGCUGGCCUCUCCUACACUCUCUAUCUCUAGGGGACAUCAUGUUGGAUUGGUCUUCAGGACCAGGACCGAUGUCCUCCAAGCGCCCCUUCAUAGCGUUUUUGGAGGCUCAUCAGGGUCUGCGAUUUUUUCGCACAUCCCGCACUGCAUUGAGCCCUCAUGUCCUCCCUUCACUCGAUCCAUCCGCAUUACCACACCUCACCCAUUUUGUUGGUUCAUUGGAGCACCUUCAAGCCCUGGCCCCUUCGCAUCCAAAAAUCACACACAUAACGAUCGAGGAGCCGCUGAUCAUCCGUGAUCUGGCACCCCUGUUAAUUGCAGGGGUAUUGCAGAGCCUGCGCUGCCUCACUGAACUUCGCAUUGCCUUUGUUUUCCAUUCUUCAUACGAAAGUGGAAGCUUGAUUAGGAACCUUGUAGGUGCUUGCCCUGGACUGACCACGUUGGAGAUAACGUGCGCGAGAAGAUCAUCUUUCAGAGUGGACACACUGGCCAAAUCCGUCAGCUGCCUCCCUCGGCUCCGUCACCUCCGGUUAACGCUAGUCCCGGUAGCCACAGGGGACUCAUUGCGUGUUUGCGCAUCUCAUAUCGCACACGAGAUCCCACGCUUACACUCAUUUGCACUGACGUUCAUUUCUGCUUCGCUUCCCCUAUCUCUUACCCCCGUCGAUUUCGGCUUGUAUGAGGAGAGCGGGAACUAUGUCAUUCGUACUGACGAGCAUGGGCUCCCUCAUUCCUUGAGCUGCACCGAGCGCAAACCUGCGCUACGCCUGCCAUUCACGCUUCCAAGCAUUCCCAUCCCACUUGCAGUGCCACUCCUGGCCUUCUCUCCUUUCACCUCCCCCUCCCUGCCAAGGGAGAGGAAAAUGAGAAUCCACCAUUUCUUGCUGAACCUCCGCCCAGGCACUUCCAAGCGUGGCGGGUUAGGUCUUAUUUUGGAGCACAGUACGGCGGGGGAUGAGAUGAGGGUGCUUACUGUUCUCGUAGCGCUGAGCGGGCUUGCGCUGUGGGGUUUCUUUACAUAGAUGUCAGCCACUAUUAUUUCGGCACAACUAUCUCUUAUUUAUACCCGUUUCGAACUCGACUUGUAGAUGCGUAUAUUAACUCUGUGUAAUUAAUGGAAACUCGCUGUCCUGCAACAAAUAAAUCCAUAGAGCAAG